AUGAGUGAAUUCACACUUCAUCACCAUGUCAGUCAACUAAUGACAUUGCUUGGUGUCAGGUCUUCAGAUACAGUAGGAGAGGAGGUGUAUACUGAAAGGUUGCUGAGUAGUCGAACCCCUUUCAAUACAGAACUGAUGGCCUCGUCCAUGGCUAAAAAGAAAGUUGCAGAAUCCACCUCCAAGCCGAUUGAGUUUUUUGCCAAAUAUGAUGAGCUCAAAGGGAAGAAUGUCAGAGAUUUGGAUCCUUUGGUAUAUCUGUUGUCCAAGCUGUGCGAAGACAAAGAAACAAAAGAGUUCCUUGCUAAAAAUGCUGAAGACAAGGCUAGAAAGGAGGGCCUGACUCUCAUUCCACACAGUAAUGUUACCAGUCUUCUGCCUGCAGCCGGAACAAAGAUGACAGAAAGGGAAUUGUUUGAGAUCAAAGAGACUCUGUUUAAGGAAGCAAAGAAUGUUGACAAACCAUCAUCAGAUUUCUUGACAAAGGCAUUGCGGGAGAAGAAGCAGACCAGAAAAGUGAACAUUCCACAACAACCCGACUGGCUGUUCCAGAGGCCUUACCUCACAUUAGACUUUGUUGCACCGACCGAAGUCUCCACAAACACAAAUAUUGUUGCUUUGGGAACCCUGCCACCUCACACUCAGGAACAGGCUGUUUUGGAUGAUCUCUUACUGUGUAUGAGGGGUAUUGAUGGAAAGUACAUUAUAUCGCGAGGACUUCCAGAACGUUAUGCUGCCAAGGAAUUCCUUAUAGAUCAGAGUUUGGAUAUUUCAGUCCAGGAGCUGGUGAAAAGGAUUUUGCCCAUCUGUUCCAAUUACUCAAUUGUUGUGAGGUUUAUUGAAGAGAAAUCUUCAUUUGAAUAUGGCCUUGUGAACCAUGCUCUCAGUAGUGCUAUGGAGACACUUAUUAAGGACUAUAUGGUGCUGGUGGCACAGCUGGAGCAGCAGAUGAAGCUGGGUCAGUUGACGCUACAGAAGCUGUGUUACUACCUACAGCCCACCAUGAGGGUUCUGGAGAUCCUGGCAUCUGUGGCUAACUCCAUCAACAGGGGUAAAUGUAUUGGUGGUGCAGUCCUGAGUCUUCUUCAUGAGAAAACAGCAUCCAUGAUUGGAGACAGUAGAAGCUCACAGCUGUGCUUGUACUUGACACAGACAGCCUGCGUCCCCUACAUGGAAAUUGUUGAGAAGUGGAUAUACAGGGGUAUUAUAGUGGACCCUUAUUCAGAGUUCUUGGUGGAGGAGAAUCAGAAAAUUAACAAAGAGAAGCUGCAGGAAGAUUAUAAUGAUGCCUUCACAUUUUUAUGUUUAAAACAAUCUUUAACUUGUUGCAUUUACUGGGAGAAACACUAUUCUGUCUUUCGAGAAAGAAUUCCGGUAUUUUUGGAGCAAGUUGCAGUGAAAAUUCUCAACACUGGCAAAUACCUCAAUGUGGUCAGACAGUGUGGUCGAGAUGUUCGAUGCCCAUUUGCAGAGGAGCUAGUGUAUACAAUCAAAGAGCGCAGAUACUACGACCAGAUUGAGCGGGCUUACAGCUAUGCCAGCCGUCUGCUCCUGUCUUUAUUAAUGGAAGAGAAGGAACUCUUGGCUCGACUGAAGUCCAUCAAACAUUACUUCUUGCUGGAUAAGGGAGACUUCAUUGUGCAGUUCAUGGACAUGACUGAGGUUGAAAUGAAACAGCACAUUGAUGAUAUCUUGCCUUCUAGACUAGAGUCCUUGUUGGAACUUGCUCUCAGAACUAGCACAGCCAAUGUUGAUCCAUUCAAGGAUGAUUUACGGGUUGACUUGCUGCCGUUUGAUCUAACUUCACAGUUAUUGCAAAUUCUUUCCAUAGACUCCAGAACAGAGAGGGACUACAGAGUGGACACCACUGACAUACGCUUGUCUGGUUUGGAAUCAUUUUCCUUUGACUAUGUUGUCAGAUGGCCAGUGUCUCUUGUAGUCAGCAGAAAGGUUCUCACCAGAUACCAGAUCCUGUUCAGACACCUGUUUUACUGUAAACAUGUAGAGAGACAGUUGUGCAGUGUAUGGAUGGGCAACAAACAGACAAAACUGUACGCUUUGAGCAGCUCUCGAUGGUACUCUCCUGCCUUUGCCUUGAGGCAACGCAUGCUGAACUUUGUGCAGAACUUUGAGUACUACAUGAUGUUUGAAGUUAUUGAGCCAAACUGGCACGUGUUCAUGCAGAAUAUGUCCAAGGUCUCAAAUGUUGACGAUGUUCUGGCCUUCCACUGGGAUUUUCUGGACUCCUGCCUGAAAGACUGCAUGCUGACAUCCACUGAACUGUUGCGGAUUGUUCACAAACUGCUGGUUGUGUGUGUGACCUUCUCAAAUUAUGUCCAGGUCAUGGCAGAGCCUGUUGACCAAGAUCAGAAAGAUGAGAAUUUUGAAAAGACUAUUGAAACCUUUGACCGCAACUUCUCAUGCCAUCUGCUGAAAUUUCUGGACAAGAUCAUGGAUGAAAACACAAAGACCUAUGAACAUAAACUGUUCAAAAUUAUCUACAGGUUGGAUUUCAAUAACUUCUACACAGAGCGUCUGGAAGCAAUGUCUGCUGGGAAGACUGUCAAGGAUCUGUCUGCAGAG